AACAAAAAUGAAAACAUUUUGGAGUUUCUCGAGAAUAUCAUACAAAGGACGAGGAAAAACUUCAAUAUAAAAUUAAUUACCAGAGAGUUCCUUAACCAGACAAUAAAUGAGAAUUUUAUUUUGACGAUUAUAAAUAAUGCGCAUUUUAAGGAUGUAAGAAAAUUGAUUAGUACUCUCGGUAAAGAAUCAUUUUUAUUGACAAUCAUGGAAACAGAAGAGGAGGAUCAUGUGAUCUCUGCAUUAGCAAGUAUUGGAUUAAAUGUCAUUUUAAAGAUCAACAUUUCUCUUUGUCGUAUUGUUCUACUUUUACGCAAAGAAAGAAAUUUAAGAAAAGUGAUUGUUUUGAGUAGCAAAGAAAACUGUCUAGAUCGUUUAAAAAUCUGUUUACGAGACUCGAAAUAUGACAAUGUUAUAUUUGUGGUUAACACUAUCAUAGAUAAUCAUUUAUUUGAGAUACUUCAAGGUAUAAGACAAGAACCGGGAUAUAAGAAACUUCAAAUCGUCGAUCUACAAGAUGCAAAAGCACCGAAAUUCUCACUUCAAAAUGAAUUCUAUGAAUCACAAAUAAAACUUAAUCUUUGUGAAAACGUCUUAACGCCAAAUGGGGAAUGGGGCACAUGCAGAUGGGUGCCAUUGUCAGUUAAGUCUACUUCUUCUUUGCGUUGGAAAGCACAAAUUAAUAAACUAAGUUCUUUAGAAUGGACGGAAGACCUACCAUUGUUUAGAAGAAAAAAUGAAAGUAUCGUAAAAGUAGAGUUUCCAACAUUCGACUUGAAUGUUUACGAAUACUGCUUAAAAAAUGACGUCAGCCUAGAAUCACAGAUAUCCAUUACAGAAUAUUCAGGAACGGAUGAAAAAGGUCAUAGAGUAAUGGGGCUUGUUGAUAAUUUAACUAUAAGUAAUGAAAUUUUACCAGAUCCAGAUUUAACUGACGGACAGGCUUUUAUAAAUUUAUCUUUAUUAUAUAAUUUUGAUGUUUACACUACUUAUGAAACAGAAGCAGAAAAACGAGUCAUCGAGUCAAUACGACCAAGCUUACCACAAACUCAUAUUAGCAAAGGCUUUGAUUUUGUAGUUGCAAACUAUUCCAUCUUAGACAAUAUGGUAGAUUGUUUAGAUAUUGUUAAAACUUUAAAACAUUUAGUAAUGAUUUACGAUUGUAAAGGGCCUAGUUACAAUCCGAUACCACUAUCUAAUUUUAUACAAUCCCUAAGUAUAUACGACUACUGUUUACAAGACCUUAUUAAGUUGCCAGCGAAAAUUAAGAGAGAAGCAGCAGAUCUGGUGAGAACAGCUCUUAAAAUGGGCAGUUUAAAACCAAUUAUAUCACGAAGACUUUUUCUUCAAGGAGCAACAGAAGAAAGAAACAUUAAUGCUUGUGAACGUUAUGGAAAAAUCGAACAAGGAGUUAAAAAAUUAAUCAUUGCUUCUGAUAUGUCUAUAAAGGGUCACGAAUAUGCGGUCCUUAAAUGGCGCAAAAAUGGAGUAACGGUCAUUGUCCGACAUGAAAAUGACUUAAGCAAUGUCACAUGUAUCGAGAAAUUAUUCAAAGAAGUCUUAACUAUAGGUCCACUAGAUGGCAUAUUUGAUCUACAAAGAAUGGAGAUUGAUUCUUCAAUUUCUUCGUUCAAGUAUUUCAAAGUUACUGAAAUAAUAGAUGAAUAUAGCAGAAAGUUCUGUCUAUCUCAUGUAAAAUUUUGUAUUUUCUCUUCGUUCGACUUAGACGGAGAUGGUUUAAGAGACACUAAUAUUGAAAAAUUAUGCAAAAUAAGAAAAGAAUCUUCCCUUCAUGGUUUAUUUAUUUUAUUGCCUAAUCUUUUAGAAAAUGCAGUAGUUGACGAUAAAUUUAAAAAUGUAUAUUACAAAAAAAUGUCAUUACUUUUAAAACGACUAAAUUCUAUACUAUGCACAAAAUCUUCAGUAAUCGCUGUUCGGCAUUUAAUAAAAGAUAAUUCCGUAGAUGACAACGAGCAAAAUAUCCUCGUUGGGGAGACCGACAAGGAGGUAAUUCAUUUUAUUUUUAUGUCGUUAAUAUUAUUAUCUUCUUUUUGAUUCGAUU